AGCCCGCCACCGCGUUAUCAUAUCUAUGUUAUCAGUUAUCACAUUGACGUUAGCAUAAUCUUUAAAUGUUUUCGCACGCAUGGCAUUCGAGAAUUAUUACAAAAAUGUUUACCGUUUGUAAACGUAAACAACUUUAACGAACAUGUAGCUUCCUGCAUAGCAUACAUUAAUAUUAAAACACACACACACACAUAAAGGCACAUUCCUUUGUAAACAUCAUCAGCGUUAACAGACCUGUAGCUGCAUGCAUUACCACGAUAACUCUGUAGGGACUAUUCGAUGUCCCCCCACCAAUUAAUAUUUAAUAUAAUCGUCUAAGAACACAGUUACACUUCAUAAAAUCAGUCGCUCUUCAUCAUUCCAAGUGUCUACAUCGCUCCGAGUGUCUACUCCGCCCGUGUGCUCGUCUCGUAUUCAACGUUUAAAUCAUAAUUAUUUUUCAGUGUUUAAAAUUAAAAUGGCUGGUCCAAUCGAAAAUAUGGCAGAUAUUUACAAGAAAACUUUUAAAUAUACUCCACCGUCACCACCACCCAAGCUCAUCGAUUGCAGUAAUCUAACCAUCGACUUCACAGCUCGUAAAUUUUUAAACAUUGGGUUAGAUCCUACCGAUGAAUUCAAAACCGUGAUUCAUAUUAUAACAUCUUCGCGGUAUGUAAAUAUUCCUAUCGAUUUUCUACAAAGUAUAUUCAGACUUAUGGGGAACAUUCUAUCAUUCAUACUCGAUCGUCCAGAAAAAUACAAACGAAAUUUAUUUUUGGAUAACGACGUAAUUUCAAUGUCUAGUAUGACAUAUCACUCGGAGAACACACUUGUUUUAGAAUCAAAAAUUCAAGACGGAUGUCGUGUUCUGUUAAAUCGAACGGAUCUUUUGACCUUACAAGAUUUAGAAUACACCAUUUUUGAGAUUAUCAAUAGAAAAUCUAUUAUAAUUAAACCGAUUGUAAUACACCAAAUUGAUCUAAUCGCUUCAUUCUUAAAAUCAAACGUAGCGUUAGAAAAUUCUAAGACUGAUAUGAGAACUCAUGUGAGGAACAUCGAUAAUAAUUAUCUUUCAAUACAUGUUAUUGGCGAGAACGACUACAUUUUCACAAAUCAACUAAAAUUAUAUGCAACUGAUUCGAUCGUUCAAAAAUGGAUGGAGAAAAUAAAAAAAUAUGAGGGAUACAAUGACGAGUGUUCCAUAGCUUUUUCACCACAAUCGUACUUCAGUUCAUAUCCGCAGGGAAAUCCAGCACAAGAGAGCCACCUCGAAAACAUUCAGGAAGGACGUUCGGAAAACGAUGGGCCAUUUGGACCACAAUAUAAUUAAUUUUUCUGUAUUAUUAUUUUUCUUAUUGUGUAAAAUAAAAACAAGCGU